UCGUAUUUAAACAAAAAUCUAUUCUCCUUGAAUUUAUUUGACGAUGUCAUUGUCUACAGAAGAGAGUAUUUCUUUUAGCAACCUUAACUUAAAGGAUAAUAGCUUACCGGUAAAGAACCAUAUAAUCCAGAAGCAGGAGGAAUUAGCCCACAAAGCGGUAGAAUACAUAACUACAACAGGUAGCUAUAACGCGUGGGACACAGAUGUCGAUCUAACACCACCAGAUGCGUCUGUCUCACUGAACAAAGAUGACGUCAACAUUCAGGAUUACUACAAUGCUUUACAGUAUAGCUUAUUCGAAAACAACCUUCCCGAGACUGUGGACAGAACGAAGCAGCCGAGAACACGAAAGCGUGAUACGGAAGUCGCUAUAGUUGUACUGGCAUCACCUGUGGAAUGCCUGGCGAUACUGCUAGAAGGUGGGCGCCAAUGUCCGGGCGAUAUGCUUCUCGUGUUGUCGCCAACAUGGCUUGUAAAGGAGAAAUCUAAUAAAGGUGAAGGUCUGCAUUCGCUGUUAGUCAAGAAGGCAAUUGUUUUUGAUCGAUCAGGAACGACAUAUGUCGAUGUCUUCGAGAAACCUAGACGGUGUUCCUACUUUGUAAAUUUCUUCACAAAGGCGAUCACCGAUGGCCAAAGAAAUGACGGUGUGGAUGUUGAGCAGGACUUGGACUGUCCAAUGUCAAGUUCUGUUGAGCUGUGCAAAUAUGUGGACGAUAAACUUCUGUCUCGUAUAUGGAUGGCGGAAGCGGGAGUUAACUACCCAGAAACCCUGGCUAUUGCUUAUAAACCAUCGUAUGAAUACAACAUUCCAAAGGACGCAAAUAUGAAAGUGCUGAUCGUCGAAAAUAAACAUGGCAUGGAUAAUUACAUUGAAAAAAACGUAAGACAGUUCCUGAAUAUGGAGAGAGUCAAGUCAUUUGAUAAGAUCGUGGUAAAACCCUCGGGCACCAUAUGGCACGGCAGUAGCUGUGUGACGUUCCAUAAAGUGAAAAAUGUGGAAGAAAUUUGUAAAGCUGUGAUUGACUUAUUGACCUUAUUGGAAUUGGAAAAUACAGUUCUGGUAGAAACAUUUUAUCAACCUGUAGAAGCAGCAAAUCCAGAGUUAGCUGAUUACUCGUUCAGAUGGAGAACCAAUGUAUGCAGAAGAAUAGAUGAUACACCAGUUACAACACAGAUGGUUUGUGGGAUAGGUCUGAAACAUCAACCAAUCAAUGGCGACAACACCAUUCCUCAAACUUUUGAAACAACAAUGAAAAUGUGGAAUAUGCCUGAUGAUGAUAUGAAUCGUUUAUUGGAUAAAGUAUCCACAGGUUCAGAAAAGAUCAUGGAUCGUAUUAUUGAAUAUGAGCGUGGGCUUUCCACAGAUAUCAAAGGAGGCGUUGGAGCACGAACUGAACUUAUAAGUAUAGACUACGUUCUGGGAAUGGUAGAUGGACAGUUGGAAGCAGUUGGAAUAGAAGUGAACAGUCAUGAUUGUACCAUCAAUUGUCAGUUGUUUGAAUUCUUGAACCCCCAUAGACAGGGAGAAGCAGUGAAACCACUAGUGGAGACUAUGAUAAGACGGUCUCAGCUGUUUGCCAUGCAAGACAAACUGGUCCUUGUAGUCGGAGCUGGAGGCUUCAGCAAGAAGUUUAUAUGGGAAAGCUUUCGAUCAUUUGGCAUCAAUGUUGUUCUUGUUGAACCAGAUAGUGCAAGCUUUGGUGCAACGAGGUGUACAAAAUUUAUUCAGUACGAUUUUCUUGACCAUAAACAAGACGAGGCUCAUGCUAUAGACAUAAUUAAAAUUCUCAAAGAUGAAGGAAUAGUUGUCGACGGGUGCCUUACCUUCUGGGAAGACUGUGGUCCAUUAGCAGCAACGAUUUGCGACAUGUUAAAAUUGAAUGGUCCAGGAAAACGUCCAGCACACGUUGCGAAAAGGAAAAGCUGGACACAAAACGUGUUACGAUCAAGAACUGGCGAUAUUCCGCACUUUCCGAGAUCUCAUCUUUAUUCCAGUAUAUGCUGUUCUAUAAAAAGUGAAUCUGACGUCGACAAGGCUUUAGAGAAGAUAAGGUUACCUGCAGUUUUAAAAUUGGAAUACGGGUCAAGUGGCGUCGGCGUAAAACCGGUUGCAGACCGUGUUGAGUGUAUUAAUAUAUGGCAACAAUUAUCAUCAAUUCUUCAGUCCGACGAAGAUCACCCUGGUGUUGGGCUCGGGCAUGGCAAUGAUAUUAUGCUUAUGGAGAGAAUAGAUGGCACAGAACACGAUAUAGAUAUCAUUAUAUUCCAGAGGCAGCUCAUUGCUGCAUUUGUCUCGGAUAAUGGACCAACCAGAAAGGGCUCUUACACUGAAACAGCAGCCUUACUGCCAACAUGCCUACCAUUGGAUAGAAAAGGACAGCUUAUCACUUCUGCUUAUCAGUGUUGUACUGAAAUUGGACUCGUUACUGGUGUUUUCAACGUUGAAAUGAAAAUGACAAAAACGGGACCAAAACUGAUUGAGAUAAAUGCUAGAAUGGGUGGUUUCUAUCUGCGUGACUGGAUAAAGACUUGCUAUGGGCACGAUCUUUUACUCUAUGCGUUCAUGGUUUCUUUGGGUAUCAGACCAGUUAUUACGAAUAUGGAACCAAAAUGCACUCUUAUGGGAAUGAUGUGUCUGUCAUCCGUACACAAACAACAAUUAAAAAAUCCAAACAGUUUGAAAUUCUUAAAUGCGUUGGUUUCAGGAAAUAUUGUUCGGUAUAACCAGAUCGAGGCUUCCUUAGACGAAUGUGGAAGUGAAAAUGAUGAGGAACCUUUUGCUAACAUUGCUGUAAUGGACAAGGAUUUGGAAACGGCAAAAGCUAAACUGAUCAAUAUCGGCAAUGCUCUUGGCUUGAAUACAAAUAACUAUGACUAUAAAUACUUACUGAGUCAUUUUAAAUAAUGACUGUUAGCGGAUAGGUGUUCUCAGCGAUUACCGCUGUCGUCAUUCAUGAAAACCAUUUAUCAUUGCUCAGCGAUUACUGCUGUUUUCAUUCAUGAAAACCAUUUAUCAUUGCUCAGCGAUUACCGCUUUCUUCAAUCAUGAAAACCAUUUAUCAUCAAGGAAAGAUUGAACAUUUCAUGAAUAGCGGACUUGUAAAGUUAGGAACAAUGUACAUACUAACAAUCUUCGUCAUUGCAUUGAAAAUCAAUUUUGUAUUUUGUUAAUUUGUUUAGUUUUUAAAAAAAAACUAAAACAAUUAUUCAUUUUGUUCCGUUUAGUUUGAAGAAAAAAAACAUAAAAAAAUCAUUUAGUUCUGUUUAGCUAACAAAAAAAAAACAUUCAUUAUAUCGUUUUUAUUUUUAAAGAGUUAAAAAUUACUUGAUAUGUUUUUUUUGGGGUAAAGAUGAAAUGCAAUCAAAAACCUAUGGUACUGACUUGAUAUCUAUAUCUUCCAAGGUUAAUCACUACCUUUGGUAGGUCAAACAAAAUAGUGCAGUGAAGUGAUCAUUAUUUAGAUCAUAUCCAGUCAAUGUCAUGCAAUUUAUAGAUGAUAUGUUAUACUUUAAUAUUUUAAUUACAAUAUGAUGUGUAUUUGAAUUACCAUACUUGUCAAGAAAACAUUUAUUUAUUAAAAAUUACACAAGUAAUGAAUGGUGUAUGAAUCUGUUAUAAAAAUAGGUUCAACUUCAAAUAUACAAUCAUGAACAAAGGGAGAUAACCCCAACUCAUAUUUUAAAAUUGCUUAGAAAAAUACAAUUCAAUGUUUUAUUUAAAAGUUCACAAAAUUGCAAAACGAAAGCAAUCUUUAACACUUCAUUGCUCACAAGCAUUUUGAAUCACUUUAGUUUAAUUGAAUGAUUUUAUGCAGUUUGAUUUGUUGAUCGAUUUCCACUGUUUACAUCCAUGGAAUCCAAUUUUACAGAUGCGUUUAGACAUUAAGAAUAGCAGACUUGUUGUAUAUACUAGCUAGCACUCUUUAACAGUUAGUUAAUUGUGUGUUGAGGAUCUGAAUUUUGCAUUUUGUACUGUUUGCAUAAUAGCUUACAUAAUUUAAUAUUGUAUUUACGUUGUAUUAAAAUUUUCUUUUGUUCGUUAAACAUUGAUCAUUCAAUUGUGAGGGAGCAAUGUAAAGGAAUAAAAAUAAUUUAAAGACAUAUAGAAGGCAAUUGUUUUCAAUUAACAAUUAUAGAAUUUUG